AUGUCAACUCUAUCCGAUAUCCCUGUCACUACCCGACAUCUUUCCUGCUUUGUUCAUGGAUGUGACAAGUCCAGCAUGCCUGCGGAGCCGGAUUGCUCUUCGAAGUUAGACACAGCUGGACGCAACCGGGAGCUCCAGGCGUAUUUGAUGGGGCUCGACGACGUUGAUUUGAACGAAGAUGGACAGGACAGGCUGUUCACCGAGUUCACCAUCAAUACGGUGUACGCAAGUUAUGCAGCAGCGCAGUCUCGUGUUCGCCAGUAUACCCAACUCUUGGUGCUCCUGAAACGCGAGGAAGAUGAGUGGGCACGGAAAGUGGAGAAAGCGAGCAACAUCUUGCCGGACUACAAGCCCAAGUGGGUUUUACAGACGUAG